AUGACAACUGUGACUGACGAACCUCAUUUGAUACAGCUACUGGCAAAGAUCCUUGAGACCCAUGACAUCUCUCUCGACCUGAACAAAGUCGCAGCUGUGUGGCCUGGAGAUGAUGGACCGACACCUCGUGCACUCAAAGAACGUCUCAACAAGAUCAGUCAUAUCGUUCGUGCUGGCAUCGCUCCCAUCUCCGGCCCCUCUAGCCCUGUUACCCCGAAGAAGCGUGGGCCCCGCAAGAAGGCCAACGAGACCCCCACUUCUGCUGGCCCUUCCCGCAAACGCAAGCGCGUUGCAGGGGACGCCUCGGCCAAUGAAGACGAGGUCCAUGUUAAGGAAGAGGAAGACCUGCCUGAGGAGGACAACAAACUUCUUGCUGAGGCCGCAAUCAAGAGUGAACCUGGCGACGAGGCCAUCGACACCGUUCUCCACGAGCCGCUUGAAGAAGAGCCAGCCAAUGCCGAGAACGGAAAGACUGACCCUGAAUGGACCGAGUACAACGAUGAGGACACCGAGUCGGACCCUGACAUGCUUACCCAGUAG